CCUGUGGUGGGGCAGGGAGCAGAGCGGCUCGUCUUUUGUCAUCACCGCUCCUUAAAAUGUGCUGGGUGUACUUGCUUCCCCCGCCCUGCGGAAGAAAAAGAGAGGCGAUUCGCCUUGGUACGAUGCUGGUCUGUUCCUUGGCUGGGAAGCUUCGUUCUGGGAGUGCGCUCUAAGCGCGUUCAGAAAGUUAUUUUUUGUCUGAAGGCGUACGGACGUGAAAAUCUGAGAAAUGAACAAAUUACGGCAAAGCUUUAGGAGAAAGAAAGAUGUCUAUGUCCCAGAGGCCAGCAGGCCUCAUCAGUGGCAGACUGAUGAAGAAGGCGUUCGUACUGGCAAGUGUAGCUUUCCUGUUAAGUACUUGGGACACGUCGAAGUGGACGAAUCCAGAGGAAUGCAUAUCUGUGAAGAUGCUGUGAAGAGACUGAAAUCUCUACCUACAGUAAUAGCGCUCGACUUGUCCCCCCUGUUCCUCCAGGAAAGGAAGUUCUUCAAAGGCUUCUUUGGAAAAUCUGGGAAGAAAGCCGUCAAAGCAGUCCUGUGGGUUUCAGCGGAUGGACUCCGAGUUGUAGAUGAGAAAACAAAGGAUCUUAUAGUUGAUCAGACGAUAGAGAAGGUUUCUUUCUGCGCACCAGACAGGAACUUUGACCGGGCGUUCUCAUACAUCUGCCGAGAUGGCACAACGAGGCGCUGGAUCUGCCACUGCUUUAUGGCCGUGAAGGACACGGGGGAAAGGUUGAGUCACGCCGUGGGCUGCGCAUUUGCAGCGUGCCUGGAGCGAAAGCAGAAGCGAGAGAAGGAGUGUGGAGUGACUGCCACCUUUGAUGCCAGCAGAACCACGUUCACUAGAGAGGGGUCAUUCAGGGUCACUACAGCUACUGAGCAAGCAGAGAGAGAGGAAAUUAUGAGACAGAUGCCGGAUGCUAAAGCAGUUGAAACAGAAGUGAAAACAGUAGCACCAGGUGCUGCACCAAACAAUACUGCCCCCUCUUCUGGCUCACCAACCUCUCCUACUGCUGAAGUUGCUGCCUCUCUGGAUAAAGAAAUGAGCAACCCCCACGCUAUCCCACGGCGGCACGCCCCCAUAGAGCAGCUUGCCAGGCAAGGCUCUUUCAGGGGCUUCCCUGCCCUGAGCCAAAAGAUGUCUCCUUUUAAACGCCAGUUGUCUUUGCGAAUAAACGAGCUGCCUUCAACAGUGCAAAGGAAGACUGAUUUCCCCAUGAAAAACUCAGUCCCAGAGGUAGAAGGGGAAACAGACAGCAUUAGUGCCCUGUGCUCUCAGAUCACCAGUGCUUUCAGCACACCAUCAGAAGAUCCUUUCUCUUCGGCCCCCAUGACAAAACCAGUGACAGUAGUUGCACCACAGUCUCCUGCCUUUCAAGUUAAUGGCACUGACUCUGCCUUCUGUGUGCUUGCUGCUAAACCAUCCCAAGCUGCUGUAGUGUCCACAGCUAUGCCAGUUCGUGAAACCAAUCCUUGGGCUCAUGCUCCUGCUGCUAAUACUGGAGCUGCAGCCGUGGUCGCCGGCACCGAAUGGAGCAGCACCUCCUCAGGUGCAGCCUCACCGAGUCUCUUCCAAGGAAAUCACAGACGUACUCCCUCAGAGGCAGACCGCUGGUUGGAAGAGGUCUCAAAGACUGUCAGAGCCCAGCAGCAGCCAACCUCAGCCCCAGCCCCACAGCCACUGCUCCAGCCUCCUCCAGCAGCUCCAGCCUCCCAGUCAGCACCAGCCUUCCCAGUCAGCACCUUCAUUGCGCCUCAGCCUGUGCCGGUGGGCGUGGUACCGCCCAUGCAGCCGGCAUUUAUUCCGGCUCAGCCCUAUGCUGUAGCAAAUGGGAUGACCUAUGCAGCCCCAAGCGUCCCCGUGGUCGGGAUCACACCUUCCCAGAUGGUGGCCAACGUCUUUGGUACUGCCAGCCACGCUCCGGCGGCCCACCCGCACCAGUCCCCCAGCCUGGUGAAGCAGCAGUCGGUCCCUCAGUACGACAGCAGCAGCAGCAGCGCCACUGCCAGCCCCUUCUUCCACCCGCCCGCGCAGCACAACGGCUCCGCUGCCUUCAACGGCGUGGAGGGGGGCAAGUGGGCUGCCGAGGACAAGCAUUCGCAGCCCCCCGCGCCCGCCCCGCAGGUCGACCCCUUCGAGGCGCAGUGGGCGGCUCUGGAGGGCAAGGCCAAGCAGCGCACCAACCCCUCCCCCACCAACCCCUUCUCCAGUGACCUACAGAAGACAUUCGAGAUCGAACUCUGAGCGCUCCUGGGGGGGCGGAUAAAUUGUACAUUAGGCUAGAGGGAUAAAGGGAGCAGAGGGGACUGUUUCUGAUCAGUUUGCUUUGAUAAUCCCAACGGUCCCUUCAAACAAAAUGGGUUAGAAAGAGGGAGCAAUUAUGGGGAGGAUGGAAACACACAGAGAAUUUAAUGUGCAGUUCUUAAAAGGAAUCCUGGAGCCACCCCAGUCUGCGUUCCCUCGUCUCUUGGAAAGCUGGAAGUCAAAUGGAGCGAAGAAAGGCACCCAGUCCCAAAGCCCGUUCUGCAGAAACAUCAAUCAUCUCACAGAAAGGAAGGCAGAUGUUUGUACCUGUGUCCUCCUGAUGCCCUGCAAGCCCUGGAUGUUCCCCCUCAGGGAAAAAUUGGGUAGGGUGGGGGGGUGGAGAUGGGUGGGAUGUUGUCACCUUAGCAAAAGCUAGGUUUGUGGAAAAAGUUGAGCUUCCAUUUUGAGUAACAAAGUGAAUAUUAUAUGUAAAGAAUAAAGUAAAGCCAAAAUCUUUAUUUUUAUGCAUUUAGAAUAUUUUAAAUAGUUGGAUAUUAAAAGCUGUAUGAGUUGUAAGUAAUCUUGCCAAAGGUUAAAAAACAAGGGGGUUGGAUGUAAGAAAUUGUACAUAAGAUUGAUUUAUCGCUGAUUCUUAUAGUAAGUAAUAUUGGGGGGGUGGAAAAAGGGGCUCUAGCUUGUUCUUGUAUCUGUUCAUUGUAAGUAGCAUAUUGCAACAACAAUCACAACCAAUAAGUCAUUAUAUCGUAGUUUUAAAUAAAGAAAAUUAAAGAACAGUAUUGUCAUGGUUUGAAAACCAUGGGGAGAAUUUACUGUUUUUUAUUGGAAUCAGUCUACAUAUUCUAUAUAGUAUGGAUUUUUUUCCUUUCAUAUAUUGCUGCAGUUUCUUUGUCUUAAUCUAUUGGUUCUAACACUACUGUGACAACUUACUGUCAUCAUAUCUACAGCCCAGGGCUGCCUGGGAAACCAUUUUAUGUUUGUCUGUCAAUAGUUCUUAGAGGUUUUUAACUUUGGUUUUAUUUUUUCCCACUGAUUUGUGAAACCUUGUGGUUAAGGCUGCAGCUGGUCCAGGUUCUGCCUCUGGUGACUUGUGAAAACCAUCUCAUUUUAACUUUACUUUUAAACUUUGGCCUUACAAGCAAAUGUAAGUUAUAUAUAUUUGUACUGAUGAUUUAUAAUCUGCUUUAACAGAAAUAAAUGUUGGUGGUAGAA